CUUCUCCCUCUGGCCGACGUGAUUCCCGAGGGCUGCGACCGGGAGAGCCCGCGACGGAGCGCUGCCGGCUUCCCCGCUGACAGACAGGUGAGGGCGGAGCCGCGGCGGAAAGGAAGGGGUUGGGGUGGCGUGCUUCCCGACAGAUGGAUGUGUCGCCUGCGGCUACUCUCAUCAAACUUGCUCCUGGGCACUUCCAUCCCUGGGAGCAGCCAAGUCCGCCCCUUGGUCCCUCCUGUCCCUCUGAGUCUGAGUGUGUUCUGGAGUGAAGGGGGGCAGCACUGGCCCCUGGGGCGGCUCCGCUCGGCAGUGGGAAGAGUUGGCAGGGUCUGGGGCUUUCUGGACUCUGUCCGAGUGGGCCGCCUUUCCCCCUGCUCUUCCCUGAGUGUCCUGCUUCCUCUCUCCUGCUGUGAGAGGAAGGGAGGUAGCAAUCUCUUGGAGAGAUUGCCUGACACCGGUGCCGAGGGAGGCGCCCUGCCUGAAAUGUCCCAAGCCUGAGGGCGUCCAAGGAAUGCUGGAGUUUGGAGGAGGAAAUUGUGGCCCUGCCUUCUGGUGUCUGCCAUGGCUCAAGAAUCUCCCAAAAACUCUGCAGCAGAAAUCCCAGUAACUAGUAAUGGAGAAGUUGACGAUGCUCAUGAGCAUGGCUACAAUAGGGAUUUGAAGCAUUCAUUACCAUCUGGACUUGGACUCUCAGAAACUCAGAUCACAUCUCAUGGCUUUGACAGUACCAAAGAGGGGGUUACUGAAGCAGGAGCACCCCAAGGUGGCCAAAGAACACACACAAAAGGAGGACCAGUUAUUCUAGCAGAUGAAAUAAAAAAUCCUGCAAUGGAGAAGUUAGAACUUGUUAGAAAAUGGAGUCUCAACACAUAUAAGUGUACCCGGCAAAUUAUAUCUGAGAAACUAGGCCGUGGCUCAAGAACUGUGGACCUUGAACUUGAAGCUCAGAUUGAUAUAUUAAGAGAUAAUAAGAAAAAAUAUGAAAACAUUCUGAAACUGGCUCAGACCUUGUCGACGCAGCUUUUCCAGAUGGUGCACACCCAAAAGCAACUCGGAGAUGCCUUUGCUGACCUGAGUUUGAAGUCUCUAGAGCUCCAUGAAGAAUUUGGCUAUAAUGCAGAUACACAGAAGCUGCUGGCUAAAAAUGGAGAGACUCUUCUUGGGGCCAUUAAUUUUUUCAUUGCUAGUGUGAACACCUUGGUGAAUAAAACAAUUGAAGAUACAUUAAUGACUGUAAAACAGUAUGAAAAUGCCAGAGUUGAAUAUGAUGCGUACCGCACUGAUUUGGAAGAACUGAACCUUGGGCCACGUGAUGCAAACACUCUGCCAAAAAUUGAGCAGUCGCAGCAUCUGUUCCAAAUACAUAAGGAAAAAUAUGAUAAAAUGCGCAGUGAUGUUUCUGUCAAAUUGAAAUUUCUCGAGGAAAAUAAGGUCAAAGUGCUACGCAACCAACUGGUCCUCUUCCACAGCGCAGUUGCUGCCUACUUCGCCGGGAAUCAGAAGCAGCUUGAACUGACACUUAAGCAGUUCCAUGUCAGAUUGAAAACCCCUGGAGUGGACGCUCCAUCUUGGCUCGAAGAACAGUAAACUCCCCUGGAAAAGAAGGAACGGUGUAUUGUUAAACAACUAAUGAACUAGUAAGAGUUAAGUAGUGUUGGGGAGGCCGUGGAGUGACCACCAUUGUAGUGGCUCUUGCACAGAUAGCUUUUAUUUUUCCCUUUUCAUACAUAACAAUUGAGCUGUUAAAUUUGAUGGGAAGGUAGGUGAUUUUUUAUGUAAACAUAAUUUCUAUAAUUCUAAACAUAAUAAUUUUCCUUUUUGAGAAAUCCUUUUUGUAUUGUGAAGGUUAUGGCUAUUUCUGUAGGUUGAAAUAUUUAAUAUAGAUUUGCACUGACAAGAUAAAAAUUCAAGGCUUUUUUUGGUCCCAGAAAUGAGGGCCAGCUAUAGUUUUCCAAGGGAGGUUUACAUGAUUUGUAUCAAUGUCAGAUAUUUUAUAUAUGAAUAUAUUCAACAUCUUUAAGAAGUUCAUGUUUGUGUAUUAUCUUAAAGAAAAAAGAAGCUGUUUCACAGAAUAAGUUUUAUGAUGUCCUGCAGUGUCACACAAGGGGCAGCCGAAUAAGUGACUGACUGGCCCAUAGCUUGUUGCAGAUACACUUUAAAAAUUAAUCUGUAACACUGUAAUUUUGUUUAGAUAUUUAUAAAGGUCCGGGAAUCACACAGUCAUAUUUUAUGACGUGUUUAAACUUAUGAAUUUGACAGUUGUGCUAGCAGUUUUGAUUUAUAAUGAAAUCUGCUUAAGAGGGAUAGGUUUUGUUAUUUUGUUUUGGGUUUUUUUUUAACAUGUGGACAUGGAAAUUAUUAGCAGUUUCUAGAGCAGAAAUUUAUAGAUUAGAAAGCUAGUUUGGGAGUAAAUUCCGUUUUGAUAGAAGAGAAUUUCCAGACUGUGUUCAUUGGCUUCCAUGCGUGACUAUACCAGUUAAGCCUUAAAUCACAGAUACGUGCCUUCUCCGAUGCAGUAAUUCUUGCCCAACCAUUGUACAUACAUGAGGAAACCCCUAUGGAUAACAUUUGAUUCAUCUGUAACGUUGGGAUAUUUUGUCCUCAUAAAACCACACUUGAGGUGGAUGGUGAAAACAACCUUUGAAUUUUAUAUUUUGUUUCUCUUGAUUCCUCUUGAAGAAGGGGGUGAUGGGAAAGUUUUCCCCCUUGGGUAAUGAAAAGGUUGUGUAAAGUGUGUGGAGGUCGUAGGACGGAAAAUCCAGUGCUGGGUUACUUGUGUAGCACUGUGGUCUUGUGUAUGCGGUUGGCUUGUCUACUGUGUGGUUCCUCAGCGAUGUAAUCUUGUUUAAAUGUAAAGUUCCCUUGAUUUUGUCAUACAUAUAAAUGAGUAUUUUCAGAGAUCCCACUUCACCUGUUAUUUCUAUUGUGUUGAAAUGAAGUACUUAAAAUUACUGUUCUCCGUGAACUCUGUAGACUGUAUGAUGUGUUACAUAUGGCCAACUGCCUUUUAGCUGGCCUUUUUUAUUAAUAUGCCUGUUUUAAGUGCUUAAUACAGUAUAAUGUGAUUGUAAGUCAUGAGCCUAUUUUAAAUCAUUCCCUCCUGUGUAUGUGUGCUCUGAGAGAGCUUCAUUUUAUUCUCCCAGCAGAGUAACUUGUGAUGGUUAUUUACAUUCCCCAGAGUGUGCCUCUGGUGUGAAUUCUGUCUUCUUAUUAAAGUGUCUGCUGCAGAA